GAGAAAGAACCAAACAGUGGAUUUGAAAGAGUGUAUGAGAUUGGGUAGAAUAUUUAGAAAUGAAGGCAUUUCAACCUGGCAUAAUCUUUUGGAGGUUUUUGAUUGCGUGCAGGAUUGAGGGUUUUGUCGUUGAUUUUUUUUAUUUUCAUUGUUUUUGGUUAGGAGCAUAUGCAUUUACUCAAGGAGUUGAGUUUUGUGGGGAUUUUAGAGACUUGUAUGCUAAGUUUUGCAUUUCAGACUGAUGAUCAGACUGUUGUCUUUCUCAUUACUCCUUUUUUUUUUUGGGAGGGGGUGAGGGUGGUGGAUUUUUGUGGCUUGUGAUGGGGAGUUCUGUUGAACCAAAGAGUAAGGGCGUUGAUGCGUCUGUCGGUGGGUUGGUUUAUGUCUGCCGCUUUCAUGGUGGCUGGGUCGGAUUGUGGCCUUGAUGAGCUCUCCGAGGGUUGCUUAGUUUCUCUGAGAUCCGGUGUUUCCGUUAAGCUUCUAGGCUGCGAGGAUGCAAGCAUGGAAGAUGUGAUUCUUCAUGCUUUUGCGAUUGCGAGUGCAUGGCUAGGGAAGGAUCAUCCAGAUUAUUUCUCUAAAAGAGACACUUUGAGUGAGGAUGAUGGAACUGGAGGAACCAAGCGAAUGAGGACUCGAGGACCUGGGCAUGGGUGUGAUGUCAAAAACAAAGGUGGUGGCAAAGCAUCUCAUCCUCAUGUUAAUAACAAAACCAAGGACAAUGAGAUUUCCAGAUCCUGUGGAUAGCUGAAAACAUUUCAUCUGACAGGUUACUUGAUGUGUCGUUUGUUGGGGAAGAAAAAGCCUUUGCAGGUCUUCUUGAUUGAACGUCUCUUUCUUAUCAUCUAUAUCUUUUAUGUGCAUAACUUAAUGUACUGCAUCUAUAAUUUUUUUUGAAAUCUCUUGUUUCUCAUUAAUUUAUUGGGUUAUACUUUUCAACUUGGCUCAUAAUUUUAUACUGCAUGAAAGUCUGCACUUUUGCUCUAUGCUGUUUCAUCAUGUUGUCUUUGGCCCUUUAGGUGAAAUAUCAAGUGAACUGAGCUGGCUGUUCAAUAAUGAUGUGCUACAUUUUGCAGCUUCAUUACCUACGUUGGAGAUAAAUUUCUCUUUUAUUUUGAACAUUCUUUGAUUGUUAAUUCAGACUUCUUUGGUAUUUACGAUCUCUAUGCUAAUGAAUGCAUCUCUCACAUUCUUUACUGGGAAUGGAAAUAAUACAUGGUUUUGAACGUGUUCUUUAGCAUGUUGAACUUGCACAACUUGAAUUUAUUAUGUGAUCAUGAUUUUCAGUUUCUUUGAUUGUUUGCUGAAUGAAAAUAAAUUAAUAAACUUUAA